UUUGGGCAUAUUGACCAUCUCAUCUCCAACGCGUUAUGAGUUUUAAGAAAAGUAAAUUGGACCUUUUGGUGCGCGUCCGCUAUGCAAAUCCACUACCUCCGCCGCCCUGUCCACCGAAACUCCUCGAUAUACCCACAAAUCCCAUGCGCUAUGCUCAACCUGAAUUCCUGAAUUCUAUCGCAAACAACACCCCUUUACCAAUGAUAGUGGAUGCAGAGUGUGGGAUGCCGCUGGACUUGGGGAAAUGGGAGUCACUUUGGGAAGAGAAUGCUGAUGAUUUAGCGUUAAACCCAGAUCCUCACAAUUUACCCAAACUUGAUCAAAAGGAUGAAUUUCUGACAUAUGAUUCUGGGUCAUCAUCUACUUAUAUGAAUGGAAACCAUACGGGAUCAAGUACACCCUCAGCUGUCCCUGCGUUGGGGCAAGUUGCUUGGUUGCGGAAAACGGAAUACACCAGUGACCGAGUGCAACGCUCUAGUACGAAUGAACCGAAACAUGUAGCACUUCCCCCAAUCGACGUUUCUAGAGAAGCCCAGCUCCGCGAUAUUGAAGCCUCAUUUGUUGAAUGUAACGAGAACUUUUCACUAGAAGAACUUCGGCAUCCGAACAAACCAAACGUUACUGCAGUGGAGUCGUAUGAGAUAUUACCAGAUAGUGAAAUAUGGGCAAACCAAUAUGAUCUGUUCCGCUUUGCAGAACGCCCUGGGGAAAGAGCGGCAGAUGUUGAAGAUCCAAGACUGGACUGUGCUAUUCUUCGGCCUAUGAAAUCCGACCACGACUCUUUCCUUGCAUUCUAUCUGACUGAACAAGAUGAAGGCGCGCUCAAGUUCAAAGAAAUACGCAAUUCCGUUGAGCCCUAUGAAAUUCCCGAGAAUGAAGAGCCAACGGUCUUCAAAUUCGUCCGUGAUUAUGAAACUGUUAAGGUCGAACAAGAAGUACCAAACGAGUUUCUCCUUAUUUUCGAGGACGGCGGAUCGACUUCGAAUUUUGAUGAUCUGGUCAACGAGGAUCGAAAACCAGCUAAGAGGCCAAGGGGGGCAUACUAUAAGAACAUCGAGCGCAAGAUGCUAUUGAAGAAGAAGCGUGCAAACGCUUAUGAACAAUACGAGGACAAAUGGGAUGUCAUCAAGGUUACUCAUGUCCCCAUGAGUCAAGAAGAGGAAGACGAACGCGAAGAAGCAUUAGCUGAGGUCAUGGACCCUCUGUUCCUCAUGAGAGGAGAUGCAGACGCUGAUGGUGAAGUUGAGGUGUAUGAGGGACUCGGCGGCCAAACGUUCCCUGUGCCGGUGGAUCAUAUACCCGUUGAGACGUAAAUCUGAGCUCACACCGUGGGCUGCGAUUGACCACUGCCCAUUUGGAUUGAUAUACAUAUCGUUUGUUCGAUAUCGUACUGAACCGCAAGUUCAAUUUAUGUGUUUCUACCUUCCGGAAGGAUGUGUAUCAGACACCCACUUCACAAACUCGUCGAUUGUUCCGACAUACGUUCAGUUCAAUGCACAGAAUACAUACAAGAAAGC